AUGUACGAGCGGGACUGCCAGGAGGUAUUUGGCCACCAGCUGGAGCAUGACCCCCUUGGUCAGCAAUUGGAAGAAAGUCGCCUGAAGCAGACGCAGCAGCAGAUCUGUGAUUACUUCGGCAUGGUUGACCGACUUGUGUGGUCGGCAGCAAAGCCAGCUGCUCUCUCGGAGAGCACGGACCCUUCUGACACAGCGGCCAUCAUGGAUCAGUGGCUGGACCACAUCAACGAGGAGGUUGAACUCCGCAAAGGUCUCCUGGCAGAGAACGUCCACGUGAUGGUGGCUUCACAGCACACCAACACGGCCGUGACGCACACGGGCCUCGAGAACGCUCUGUCCUUCUUCCACCACUACAGCCAUGCCACCAGAGCCCGGAAGUUCCUGUCCGUGGACCACGAGGCCUUUGCCAUCGAGAUUGAGAAGGGCAAGCGCAUGGGGGCCGACAUCUUCGAGGUGGACUCCGAGGGGAAGAUUCUGGACGUGAAGAUCUUCAUGGCCACCCUUUUCAAGGACGUAGACGACCUCAACGACGCAGGGCUCGAGAAUCUCACCUUGCACUACACAGGCAACGGAUCCAUGGCCAGGAACACUUACCCCCUACAAGCCAGGAUCUCAGUGGUGCUGUAG